AUGUGUCGUUUUCUAGUAUACAAAGGUCGAAAUGAUAUUCGCCUCAGUAAGCUCAUUACAGAGCCCAGUCAUUCAAUUCUGACCCAAUCUUAUGAUUCUCGCCUGAGAUUGGACAACCGCCGUCCUGUUAAUGGCGAUGGCUUUGGAGUUGGGUUCUACACGGACCCCAAACUAGGCCCAGAGCCAUGUAUCUUUACCUCUACCUUGCCAGCCUGGAACUGCGAGAACCUGGAGAGGCUGGCAUCGAAAACCUGCUCGAAUCUUAUCUUUGCGCACGUGCGAGCUACCACUGAGGGCGCACUGUCUGACACCAACUGCCACCCAUUCCAGCACCAGACAUUGAUGUGGAUGCACAAUGGCAAUAUCGGGGGUUGGCAAUACGUCAAGCGGAUGCUGGCCGAUUCCCUCGCGGACAAAUGGUACAUUGGUGUUAAAGGCGGAACUGACAGCGAAUGGGCAUUUGCAUUGUUCCUUGACUUAUUGGAAAAGGAAGGGGUGGAUCCCAGCUCUGAUCCAGGCCCAGAAGGCUUCGGUCAGGCUCUUUUGCGACGGGUGAUGAUGAAGACAAUCGCCAAAAUCAACGAAUUCAUUCGUGAAAUUCCCAACAGAUAUAAUGUUCACGGCGUGGAGACCCGCAGUCUGCUCAACUUUGCUGUUUCGGAUGGCCACACAGUAGUCUGCACUCGAUACAUCAGCAGCAAAACAGACGAGCCUGCCAGUCUGUACUUUUCAUCUGGUACCAAGUGGGUGGAAGGAAAGGACAAGGGCCACUUCAAGAUGGAGCGCCAUGAUAAAGGAGCCGAUAUUGUCUUGGUGGCGAGCGAACCCAUUACCUUUGAGAGACAUAACUGGGUCUCUGUCCCUACAAACUCUGUCCUCACUAUACACAAACAGACCGUCCUUUUACAUCCCAUUUUGGACGAGUUUUACGGCGAGAAUAUGAACCAGGACCGUUCUUCGUGCUUUGCUGUAUCCAAGGGUCUUGUCAGCACCGCACCUGGAACGACCGUACAACCGCAGAACGCAGAUGGCACUCCUGAUAUUGCGCACUUGCAACAACCGCCGGCUCCCAGCCCAUGCGCAGUAUCAACCUGA